AUGACAGUCGGUGGGCUUCUGGGUCGCAAGGAGAAGAGCCCUCCCAGCCCGCAUCGCGGAGUCCCUCCAGCAAACCGCGCUCCAACGCCGCGGGCCACGGGCGUGGGAUGUAGCUGCAGCCGGCGCUCGGCCUGGAUCCCAGGCGCGGGCAAGCGUCUCCCGGAUCCGGAUUUGGGGAGCGCAAGUGCCCCCUGUGGCCGGCCCGCGCCUGACCCCGCGGGCCUAAGAAGGCAGAAGCGGCCGGCGGAGGGGCCCGGGAGGAAGUUGGAGCCGCGGGGCCGGGAAGGGGGCAGGUCGGCGCCGCGGGCCUGGCUGGGGGCCCGCCGGAGCCAGGGCCACCCUGGGGCGCCGCGCCAAAGCCCGCGCGCACUCGAGUCCCCCCACGUGGCCGGCCGCCCGGGGCCCCACGUGGAAGGGGCGGAGGAGGAAGGAGGGCGGCUGGAGGGCCGGGCUCCCGGCCGCGGCCGCCGGACACCCCCACCCCCGCCCCAACCCGGCCCGGCCCGGCCCCUGCCCCCGAGGCCCCAGCGAGUCUCCAGGGCCUCCCGGGCGGGGCCAGGCCGGGGAGUGCCCGCCGCGCCCGGCCCCCUCGCCCGCCCGCCGCGCCCGUUUGGAAGCAGCAUCCUCUCGGGGGUGAGCGCGGCGCGGGGCGGGUGCGGGCCGGGGACCCCCAGCGCGGCCCCCUCCCGGCGGCCGGGCGGCCGGGCGCGGGGCCAGGACCGGGCUGGGGAGGAUCGGGAGCCGGGUGGGCGGAGGAAGGGGGUGGCCCGGGAGCGGCCCAGAGGAGCCGGCGGCGGCCCGAGGAGCGAGGGACGGAGCCGGGAGCCAUGCCGCGCUGACCCGGGGGGCCCGCACAGCCGCCGCCGCCGCCACCGCCGCCGGGUGGGGUGGAAGGGGCGGGAGCCGCCGCCGCUGCCGCCGCCGCCGCCGCCUCCCGGGUGGGCGCCCUUCGCCGUGGACGCCGGCGGCCCGGGACGAGGUAAGGGGGGGGGGCCCGGGGGAGGGCUGGGGCCGCCGCCGCCCCCGCCUCACCUGCGGCCGCGGGCUGGGGGGCGCCGCGCCCGCGCCUCACUGCGCCACUGGGGGAGGAGGAGGAGGAGGGCGAAGGACACCGAGCCGGCAUCCGAGGACAUCUUUGGUCUGCGCCCCCCACCCCCCCCGGCCCGGUGUCCCCGCUCGGCGCUCGGGGGGUGGGCGCAGGCCCGGGGGUCCCUGCCUGCCGUCCCUCCUCCCCCCCCCCGCCGCCGAUCGCGCCCGCUGGCCGCUGUUUGCGCCAGGAUUUUUGUUGUUGUGAUGAGAGUUGAUGAAUGCGAAGCGCCCCCGGCUCCCGUUCCCCGAGGCCGGUGGGUGCGCGCGCGCGCGGGGGCCGCCAGCGACCCAGGCCGAGCGCGCGACGCGCCGCGGGGACAAUACGGCCGGAUCCCCCGGGACCAGGAGUCCGAGCGCGCGGGGCCUGGGGCCUGCGGGGCGGGGGAGGGGAACGGGGGGUCCACUGGGAAAACGGGGCGCGCGCGGCUCCGGGCCCCCAGGGGAGCGGCCCCUGCUGGCAGGGGAUCCCGCGCGGCGCCCCAGGAGCGCAACCGGGCCACAUCUGCUGCCGCCGCCGCCGCCACUGCCGCGCCGGGCUCGGCCCGCCAAAGUCGCAGCGGGGCGGGGGCCAGGGGCGAGCCGGGCGACGGGCGCGGGCGGGGACCGAGCUGGCCGGGCAUUUCCUCUGCCCGGCCGCGCUCCCGCCGGCACCACUUCCUCCUCGCCCGCCGCUGCCGCGGCCGCCGCGAACCCUGCCCGCCCGCCCGCCUCCCCCGCCUCCCCCGCCCUGGCCGCACUUUUCGGGUGGGGCGAACCCAAAAGAAAAAGUUUCGCAGGAGGGGCUGGCGAGGGCGCGCCCCGGGCGGCGGGGACUCGGCGCGGCGCAGCGACAGCCGGGCGGCCGCGAUCGCCUCUUCCUCCUUGUCCUCCGCGGCGCCGGACCGACCCGCGCGGCCGAGGGGAAGCGCCUUUCUUUCUCUGCCUGGCGCUCUUCCCAGCGCCCCGGGGCAAGUUGGACACGGACGCGCGAGAUCCGGGGCGCGCGGGGGCCCUUCACCAGCUGGAGAGGCCCACGGCGUGGCCGGUCGCCUGCUGCCCACGCAGCGCCCGGGUGCUGGGAGGCCGCGGGCCCGGGAGCUCGGCGCGGUCACCGCCGGCCGCGUCGAGACACACGCGCACACACUCCCUCCGGCGGCUCGCUUUCCGCCGCCGCCGAUGGUCACGGACAGCGAGUGUGAAUACCGGGAGGACACAGCGUCCUACCUGAUUCCAUUUCCUCAGCGCUUUGUGGUCCUGGAGUUUGGGGGCCCCCGGGCGCCCGGGAACCCCAUCGUCCCGCCCAGACUGACCACAGGGCGACUUCCGGGCUCCUGCUCGACUUUGUGCUGCGGGGAGGGCAACGCUGGGGCCUGGGUGAAGGCCAACCCGCCCUACCUGGCCACGCGCUACCUGGAGGGGGCGUGGUCUGCAGCUGCCCCGCCCCGCCAGCUGGGGUGCUGGGCCCUGCUGGAAGGACGGAGUCUCCUGGCGUCUGGGGUUCGGGGCUUCUGCGACCCCAGCCCCGAAGCACGGCCCCCGACUCAGCCGGAAGCGCCCCUCCCCCGGCGCUUCGCCCUUUCACUUCCCCGUGCGGAGUCCCUCCCCUUCGCGGCCGCCCACCCUGGGACUGACCCGCGCCCUUCCCAUACCCCGCCCCCCCCGGCCGGUACCUGGAAGGAGCCGGGAGAGGACGUACGAUCCGGAGGUGGGCCCCGAACCCGCGAGCGAGGCUCGGAGUAG